CUCCACAGCCCGCCGCCCCACUCUUUCAGAUCUUGAGAAGAGAGACCCGAGAAGAAUUAGUCGACAUAGUGGUUACCUGUAGCUAUGUCCUCAGCACCUGGAUCUGGAUCAGGCACACCCUUUCCACCUGGUUUCGAUCCCGCGGCCGAGUCUGCUGAGAAGACUCUCUGCUUCCGGGGAUUCUGGGCCUGGUUUGUGCUGAUUCUUCUCAUAGUCGUCUUCGUUUCGGCCAUAAUGUGGUUGCUGCGCAAGUUCAUCCAAGGACCCAUAUACCGCAAGACCAACAGAAUAGAUGGAAAGGUCGUAAUCGUUACGGGAUGCAAUACGGGUAUUGGAAAAGAGACCGCUCUAGAGCUGGCCAAGCGAGGAGCUAGAGUCUACAUGGCCUGUCGGGAUCCGGGACGUUGCGAGGCCGCCCGCCUGGAGAUCAUGAAGAAGAGCCAAAACCAACAACUCUUCAACCGCACCCUGGACCUGGGCUCGCUGCAGUCCGUCCGGAAUUUCGUGGAACGCUUCAAGGCCGAGGAGACCCGGCUGGAUCUGCUGAUCAACAAUGCCGGCGUUAUGGCCUGUCCCCGCUCCCUGACCGCUGACGGAUUCGAGCAGCAACUGGGCGUCAAUCACCUGGGCCACUUCCUGCUCACCAACCUCCUGUUGGAUCGCCUCAAGCAGAGUGCCCCCAGCCGGAUUGUGGUGGUCAGUUCGGCGGCCCACCUGUUGGGGCGGAUCAACCGUGACGAUCUGAUGAGCGAGAAGAAGUACAGCAAGUUCCUUGGAGCUUACAGCCAGUCCAAGUUGGCCAACAUCCUGUUUACCCGCAAACUGGCCACUAUGCUCAAGGAUACGGGCGUGACGGUGAACUGCUGCCAUCCGGGAGUGGUGCGCACGGAGCUGAAUCGCCACUUUUCCGGCCCCGCCUGGAUGAAGAGCGCCCUCGAGGUGCUGUCCAUCUAUCUCAUCAAGACGCCCAAAGCUGGUGCCCAAACAACACUAAAGCUGGCCCUCGAUCCCUCGAUGGAGGGCUCCACGGGCGGCUACUAUUCGGAUUGUAUUCGCUGGCCGUUGGUGCCGUGGGCGAGGAGCACCGACACCGCCGACUGGUUGUGGCGGGAAAGUGAGAAGCUGGUGGGGCUACCCCCCUCCUCCCCUACAAACGAAUCACCUGCCAAUAACGGUACCAGCAACGGAAACGGAAGCUCCGGACCCGGAGCCAUGCAAUCAGUGGACACAGUGGUGGUGAAUCGUUCAUAGUGGGUU